AUGAAGUAUCAGUUCUCUUUCAUCGCCUUCGUCGCUUUCGUCACCGCGCAAAGUAUUCAAGACGAGACGCCAUCCGAAGUCCACGAUGAGGGCGCGUAUCCUACGUCGAUUUUGUAUUCGGUUCCCACACCCUCCGCGGGCCAUCCCGAGUCAUCCUCUGACAUCAUCGUUCCCAGCGCACUGCCCAGCGAAGUCACCUCUGAUGACUGGUGCUCCACGGCCCUCAUCACUAUCACGACUACUCGUACCGUAUCCGUAGUCACUCAAAUCCCUUCCAGCCUCCUGACUGUGACUGGCAUUGUCGAACUGAGCUCCUUCAUGCCCUCUCAGCCGCUGCCUCCAACAAGCGCGACCGGCAUCAUCCAACUCAGCAGCUGGGCCGCUCAGCCAUCGAGCAGUGCGGUCACAAUCAUCGUUCCUGGGAACAGUGCUACCUAUAUUGGGGAGAGUGGUGUUUCGCCUCCACGAGUCCCCUAUCCUACUGCUAGUGAUAAGCCAACCCGCACUACUACCGUAGGAACGACUUCAUACACGUCUGCAUCGGGUCUACCGGACUUUACUGCUGCUGCUAAUGCGGUCAAGGUGCCGGUCGUCGUUGCUGGCGUUCUUGGGUGGGCUGCGUUGGUGCUGUAG